CAUAGUGUAAAGUGUAAACCAUAAAAUAUAGCAACUUGUGAAAGAUAAAAAAAAUGUUAAGAACUCCUUGGAGUCUUGAAAAGCUAAGACAAAUAGAAGUAGUUGUAGAAAAAGACCGAGAGAGAGAGAGAUUCUUUACUUGAACAGUUGAACUUCCUGGACUGUUUGUUAAGAGCUUUGAGGCUGUCUUUGCUUCUGUGGUAUGUGAGGCUGUACCGUGUCCUUCACCAUAAAUGUUUAUGUGGAAUCCAAAGCUUUGCCCAAGUUUGGAGUUCAGGGAAUCUCAAAAUGUAUUUAUCAUCUUGAACUCAUGCUGACCUGAGCUGAACAAAUAGAACCUCUUGAUUUGUAGGCCUGACCAUAUAGUCAUGAAAAGGACACUAUUUUUAGUGAUUUUUUGUAUGUGGGUGCCUCUGAAUGUAUUGGGUAGGACUGGGAAUACCAGCGUUUCUUCUUCUGCAAAACCGAAUGUUGUGAAUAUUGGGGCUCUAUUUACAUUAAAUUCGGUCAUCGGAAGGUCAGCAAGACCAGCGAUUAUUGCUGCAGUCGAAGAUGUCAAUUCUGAUUCAGGUGUUCUUCCAGAAACAAGAUUAAACCUCAUAUUACACGAUACGAAUUGCAGUGGAUUUCUUGGAACUGUGGAAGCUUUGCAGCUGAUGGAAGACGAUGUGGUUGUUGCAAUUGGGCCACAAUCCUCCGGUAUAGCUCAUGUCGUCUCCCAUGUUGUUAAUGAACUCCAUGUGCCACUUCUGUCAUUUGCAGCAACAGACCCCAGUCUUGCUGCACUGCAAUACCCAUAUUUCCUCCGCACUACACAGAGUGACUAUUUCCAAAUGUAUGCAAUUGCUGAUUUGGUUGAAUAUUAUGGCUGGAGGGAGGUAAUUGCCAUCUUUGUAGAUGAUGAUUAUGGAAGAAGUGGAAUUUCAAUAUUGGGUGAUGCCCUGUCAAAAAAACGAGCCAAGAUCUCUUACAAAGCUCCAUUCACUCCUAAAGCCCCGAAUACUACAAUUAACGACUUGUUGGUUAAAGUAAACCUCAUGGAAUCUCGGGUGUAUGUCGUGCACGUAAAUCCUGACACUGGUUUGAAUAUAUUUUCUGAGGCUAAAUCACUUGGGAUGAUGACCAGAAGCUACGUUUGGAUUGCAACAGAUUGGCUUCCUUCCAACCUGGAUUCAUCAGAACCAGUUGACACUGACACAAUGAAUCUCUUACAAGGGGUCAUUGCUCUUCGCCAUCACACCCCAGAUACUGAUCUUAAAAAAAAAUUUAUGUCUAGAUGGAGCGGCCUGAAAAAUAAAUCUAGUGCAAGCUUCAAUUCUUAUGCUCUCUACGCAUAUGAUUCUGUUUGGUUAGCAGCCCGUGCUCUUGAUGCUUAUUUGAAAGAAGGUGGAAAUAUAUCUUUCUCUAAUGAUCCAAGGUUGCAUGACACAAAUGGAAGCUCACUGCAUUUAACGUCACUCCGUAUUUUUGAUGGGGGCCAACAAUUUCUCCAGACAAUUUUAGGGACGAACUUCACUGGUGUAAGUGGUCGGAUUCAAUUUGAUAAAGACAAAAAUUUAGUUGAUCCAGCAUAUGAUAUUCUGAACAUUGGUGGGACUGGAUCUCGUAGGAUUGGUUAUUGGUCAAAUUAUUCUCAGCUCUCAAUCAUUUCUCCAGAGAUCUUACAUUCUAAGACCGCGAAUACUUCCACCAGUAAUCAACAUCUCUACAGUGUUAUAUGGCCUGGUGAAACUACAGCAACACCUAGGGGAUGGGUAUUCCCUAACAAUGGGAAGCCACUGCGAAUAGCAGUGCCAAACCGAGUAAUUUACGAAGAAUUUGUGGCCAAAGACAGUGGCCCUUCAGGGGUGAAAGGUUACUGUAUUGAUGUCUUUGAAGCUGCUAUAAACUUGUUGCCUUAUCCUGUCCCACGCACAUAUAUCUUAUAUGGAGAUGGCAAAAGAAAUCCUGUUUAUGACGAUCUUGUGAACUCGGUUGCAGCAAAUAAGUUUGAUGCAGCUGUUGGGGACAUUACAAUUGUUACCAAUAGAACAAAGAUUGUGGAUUUCACUCAGCCUUACAUGGAAUCAGGACUUGUCGUCGUUGCUCCUGUCAAAGAGUUAAAGUCAAGUCCUUGGGCUUUCCUGAAGCCAUUUACUGUUGAAAUGUGGUGUGUCACUGGGGGCUUCUUUCUUCUUGUUGGAGCUGUUGUUUGGAUUCUUGAGCAUCGGAUUAAUCAUGAGUUCCGUGGUCCACCAAGUCAACAACUUAUUACAAUUUUUUGGUUUAGUUUCUCAACAAUGUUUUUCUCACACAGGGAGAACACUGUGAGCACUCUUGGACGAUUGGUGCUGAUCAUAUGGCUAUUUGUUGUGUUAAUAAUAAAUUCAAGCUACACAGCUAGUUUAACAUCAAUCCUCACAGUGCAGCAGCUAACAUCUCGAAUUGAAGGAAUUGACACCUUGAUAUCAAGUACUGAACCAAUUGGAAUACAAGAUGGGUCAUUUGCAUGGAACUAUCUCAUUGAUGAGCUCAACAUAGCGGCAAGCAGGCUUGUUAAGUUGAAAAGCCACGCUGAAUAUGCUAUUGCCCUGCAACGUGGACCAAACGGUGGUGGUGUAGCUGCCAUUGUUGAUGAGCUUCCUUAUAUUGAACUCUUCUUGUCCAGCACCAAUUGCAAAUUCAGGACUGUGGGGUCAGAGUUUACCAAAAGUGGAUGGGGAUUUGCAUUCCAAAGGGACUCUCCUCUUGCAGUUGACUUAUCAACUGCCAUUCUUCAGCUCUCAGAGAAUGGUGAUCUUCAAAAGAUCCAUAAUAAAUGGCUGACACGUAGUGAGUGCUCAAUGCAAAUUAGCCAAGUUGAUUCAAACCAACUUUCUCUGAUGAGCUUCUGGGGCCUGUUCCUUAUUUGUGGCAUUGCAUGCUUCAUUGCGCUUACUAUAUUCUUCUGUAGAGUCAUUUGUCAAUACCGCAGAUUUAGCCCGGAGGCUGUGGAAGGGGAUGUUGAGAUUGAUCCUCCAAGGUCUAGACGCACAAUGCGAACAUCAAGCUUCAAAGACUUGAUGGGGUUUGUAGAUAGGAGAGAAGCAGAGAUCAAGGAGAUUCUUAAGCAGAAGAGCAGUGAUAAAAAACGACAAGCUAGCCAUAGCUCAGAUGGGCAAUCCAAUUCACCCUCUUAAGGAAAUAUGUUCUUUGGCUGGUGGGUUUUCUAAUGCUUCAAUCAAUACAUCUUCAUCUAUACUAAUAUGUUUGUUUUUCCCUCUGAUACCAAAAGUUAGGCAGCUAGAAUGAUGUUGUUUACAUAGUCUAUAGAAUACGCUGAGAGAAUCUUGGUAAGCUGUACCAUUUUGUAGUAUACCAUGAUAUUUGUACCGUAACUUCAUUGAAGGAAUCGAACUAUUCAAGUAGAUAGCUUUUUAUCAUUUAUAAUCUUAAUGGAAGAAAAGAAAAGUUCUUUGGAAA